CGAAGACUUUCCCGUAGUCGCUCGCCGAAAGACACGUCACCUUGCAUACCGUCAGUCACCGAAGUUGUCAAGCGCUUCGUUUUCAGAGAUGAUUACUGACUGGCUGCAAGCACUGGCAGCCUCCAGCGCUGAGGAGCUGAGGAAUCGUUUCGACGCUGAAUUCAAUGCGUUGCCAACUAAGGUGUCAAAAUCAGAAGCUCAGCGCUUCUACAAUGACCCAAUGUUGGAAAAAAACCGCUUUCGAAAUGUUCCCUGCUUGGAUCGAACCAGAGUUCGUCUUCAGGCCGCUGACAAUGACUACAUCCAUGCCAACUGGGUUCAUUUUCCUGGCUGCAAAACCAAGUUGAUAUUGACGCAAGCCCCAACAGGCAAUACGAUCGCUGAUUUUUGGUCAAUGAUCUGCCUAUUGUCGCAAGUGGGCUGCGUUCUCGUCAGCCAGAAAUGGCCAGCUGGUCACUCGGGACAUAGGUCGGGCGUUAAAAACCCACGUUGGGCCCGAUCGCCAUCCGGUCGUAUGAAGCUUUGUCUGAAAGCAACGUUGUCACAUCGACGUCGUCUGCUUGAAACACACCAGCUUCUAGACGGUGAUACGCCACAAUAUGACAAAGUGUCAUUUAUCACUACCCUCAGUGCUGAGUCGAGGAGUAGCAAUGCGGAUGAAUCUUAUGAAGCCUCAGAGAUUGUGCCAUUUCUUUGGUGA